GAAAAAACCCAAAUUUAUUUCCAAAUCUCAAACACUUAAAAAUCUUUGUCUCUCAAAUUUGGGGGUCUUCAAAUUUUCAAAAAAAAUGUUGAGAGAAUUUUGAAAAAUUAGGGUUUCGAAUUUUGCAGAGUGAUGGAGAAAAGUUUCAGUCCAUCGAGAAGUAGUCCAGGAAGUGCAAGAUUGCAGUUUGGUGGUGGUGGUGGUGGAGGAGUGUCUCAGAGAUUAAGAUCUUCAUCAUUUAAGAAACCACCUGAACCAUUAAGAAGAGCUGUUGCUGAUUGUUUAUCUUCAUCUUCUUCAUCGUUUUCAUCAUCUUCUUCUUCGUCUCAUCAUGGAAACUCUUCUACUGUUGCUUCUGAAGCUACUCGAACUUUAAGGGAUUAUAUUGCAGCCACUUCAACGAUUGACUUAGCAUAUAGUGUGAUCAUAGAGCAUGCACUAGCAGAGCGUGAACGCAGUCCUGCAGUUGUUGCAAGGUGUGUGGCGCUUUUGAAGAGAUAUCUAUUGCGAUAUGUACCCAGUGAACAGACAUUACAGCUAAUUGAUCAGUUUUGUGUUAAUUCAAUUUUAGAGUGUGAUUCUAGCACAACUAGGAGAGUAUCACCUUGGUCAAAAUCAUUAGGCCAACAACAGUCUGGAGCACCCAAUGCAUCUACCAAUGCUUUUCCUUCAUCUUUGCCAGCUUCCAGUUUUGCAUCUGGAGCUCUUAUUAAGUCGUUAAAUUAUAUUCGUUCUUUAUUAGCUCGGCAUAUUCCGAAAAGAUCAUUCCAACCAGCAGCCUUUUCAUUGGCCUCUACAGCCUCGAAACAGUCCCUCCCAUCAUUGUCAUCAUUCCUGAGUAAAUCUUUUAAUACCCAGUUAAGCCCUGCAGCUGUUUCAGUUAGAGAUUCACCUGAGAGGAAAGAGGCUUCAAUAGUAUCUGUUCCUAACUCAGCAAUUGUUGAAGUCGUUGAAGGGAAAGAAGGUGCUGACUACAUAUCCAUCGAUGUUCUUAAAUGGCGGUGGCUAGGAGAUAAACAGUCAUCCUCGCUAACUGCUGACAGUAAUGGUGUUAUUAGGCCCCAAGAAGUUAGCACACAUAGCUUCCUGGAAGUUGGAGCUGCUGCUCUUCUCGUAGGGGAGAUGGAAGGGCAGCCUUGGAGACACUCUGGAAAUCAAGAUAUACCUGAUCCUGAUCAACUGUUGCAGCCUUCUACAGUCACAACUGCCACUAAUUUUGCCUCUGCUCGAUCCCACUUGAGAGCAAUAACUGCUGCUAAACGUACAAAGCCAGGACCCAACCAAAUUUGGGAGGAUUCACAAGUUAAUACAUUCCGCCCACGCUCUCGGCCCCUUUUCCAGUAUCGUCACUACAGUGAGCAACAACCAUUGCGUUUAAAUCCUGCUGAAGUGUUCGAGGUUAUAAAUGCAGCUUCCUCCGAGGCAUCUUCCCCAAAAACAAAUCUUAUGACAGUUUCAUCGAAAUUGAGUAAUAACAGUGGAAAGCCUUCAAUGGAUGUGGCAGUCAGUGUCCUCAUUAAACUUGUCAUUGACAUGUAUGUGAUGGAUUCUCGGACUGCUGCUCCUCUCACUCUUUCGAUGCUAGAGGAGAUGCUCCGUUCUCCAAGACUAGCAUCCAGGGUGCGUGCAUUUGACUUAAUUCUAAACCUUGGGGUUCAUGCUCAUUUGUUGGAACCUAUGUUACCUGAUGAUCCUCCCACCAUCGAAGAAGAGCCCGCUCAAGAAUCGUACCCUAAUAAUGAAGGAACCCUUGGUGCUGAAGUCGAAGGAAAGACUGAUUCAAGUAAGAAAAAUGGAACUGUCUCAGCUGUUGACAAGUUUGAGUCUUGGAUAUUGAGCAUUCUGCAUGAGAUUCUCCUUCUUCUUGUUCAGCUGGAAGAAAAGGAAGAAUCGGUGUGGGCAUCUGCUUUGAGUUGUUUACUGUACUUUAUAUGCGACAGGGGCAAGAUUUGGAGGAACAAAUUGGAAGGCCUUGACAUAAGGGUGAUUAAGGGGCUUCUGGAGAUCAGCAGGGAACAUUCAUGGGCAGAGUUAGUUCAUGGAAAACUGAUUUGCAUGUUGACGAAUAUGUUUUAUCAAGUUUCCGAUGGAGCUACAAAUGCUGUUCCAAUUGCUCCUACUUUUAUGGCUGAACAGGUUGAUCUACUUGGUGGAAUUGAAUUCAUUUGCCUUGAGUAUUCACAGGCAAACUCAAGAGAAGAAAAGAGAAAUCUCUUCCUUGUGCUUUUAGACUAUGUUUUACAUCAAAUAAAUGAAACAUGUGUCGCUAUUGGAGACUCUGAAUACAGCUUUGAGGAGAUUCAACCGCUCGCUUCAAUGCUUACUCUUGCAGAUGCUGCUGAAGCCUUUUACAUUGCUGUUAAGCACGGAGUGGAGGGCAUAGGAGAGGUAUUGCGAGGAUCGAUUUCCUUAGCCUUGUCUAGAUAUCCCAACGCUGAACGGUUAAAUGUGCUCUUGGAGAAAAUAACAAGAAAACUUGAUAUUGUUAUGAGCUCAUUUGGUCGUUUAGAUGGGGAAUUCUCGGACAUGAUACGCGUCACAAAAUCUUACAAGUCUUUGGAAAGUAUCGAGGACGUAACCCUUGAAUAUGGGCUAAGUAUGAAAGGGAAACUGUCAUGGACCACUUUGCAUUCUCUUCUUCAUUCUGAAAGAUCUGCGUAUCGUCAAAAUGGGUAUAUUUGGUUAGUUGAGUUACUGCUCGCAGAGAUUAGUGAGGAACGAGAUCAAAGUAUAUGGUCAAAUAUUAGGAAUUUUCUGCAGCAAAUUGGACUCGCUGGUAGUCGAGAAGCAUCAGUUGGUGAUUCAGAAGUUACUUUAACCAUUUGGACCCUGCGUGGUCUUCUGAAGUCAAAGCACAAUUUCAUUAGACGAGGUUUUCUUUUUGUCAUAGAGAAGCUCCUUCUGCGAUUGAAAUUGUUGCUGGACGAAAACGAGCUGCAAAAAUCAAGCAGCAGUGAAAUUGGUGACGGUUCUCAUGAUGGUGAUAUCCGUUUAGAGAAAGCCAAUGCAGUGAUUGAUAUAAUGAGCAGUGCUUUAUCCCUGGUAGUUCAGAUAAAUGAAACCGAUCGAAUUAAUAUUUUGAAGAUGUGUGACAUGUUAUUCUCUCAAUUAUGCCUAAGAGUUCUUUCUGCUCCCGUAAUGCCUCUUGAGGAUCUGACAUCACUCGGUAAAGUAUUUGGUAGCGCAGAGAGUCUAAAACAUGCCACAGAUGCAUUUUCCCCUACUCUGCAAGAGAAGAAACAACUUGUGGAUGAGUUUCCAGAAGAAACCAUUAGCAAAACGAGCUCCGAUCAGAAUCCUUCAAUUUUCUGGAAGACGGCAUCUUUGGCGGCAUUGCUUCUUAGAGCACAGGCUAUUGUUCCAAUGCAACUUGUUUCACGUGUUCCUACUCCUCUACUUUACUGGCCAUUGAUUCAACUUGCGAGUGCAGCAACGGACGAUAUCGCACUGGGAGUUGCCGUGGGUAGCAAAGGAAGGGGAAACCUACCUGGCGCCACAUCAGAUAUCCGAGCUGCUCUUCUUUUACUUCUUAUUGGUAAAUGCACUAAUGAUGCUGCUGCUUUUCAAGAGGUCGGAGGAGAAGAGUUCUUCAGGGAACUAUUGGAUGAUACAGACUCCAGAGUUGCAUAUUACUCUUCAGCUUUCCUUUUGAAGAGGAUGAUGACGGAAGAACCUGAAAAGUACCAGCGUAUACUACAGAGUCUGAUUUUUAGAGCACAACAGAGCAACAAUGAAAAGCUGUUGGAAAAUCCAUACCUCCAGAUCCGCGGCAUUAUUCAACUUUCGAGUGAUCUUGGAACAAGUCUCAGCCUUAUUGAAGUAUAGCUUCUGAUAUCCUCGCUUGAAAUACCGGAUAAAGAGUUUGUGCCCCGCUUUAGCGUUUAUAAGUUCUCUAAUGAAUACAACCAAGUAUAUAACAACUUCCACAAGUCUGCAUCAAGAUUCUUGGGAAAUUUCUAGAAGCAUCUCUUAUUCCAGGCUUGUGCCUCCCAUACAUUCAGAGCAUAUGGUGUUGAUAUUUCACUGUGGGGGAUGACAGCAUCUUUGUGAUAUUUAUGAAGAUUUGAAUACAGGGUAGCAAGCAGUAGAACGAUAGCUGGGACAUGGCAUGUACAGGAGAGUGGAGUAACUUGUAAUCUUUUGAUUAAUUUAAUUUUUCAUCUGCCAGUAAGCUGGUUCUGUUCGAAGAUCGAGUUCUUUUUAUCUUCGAUCUUCAGAGAACUUGUCUGUACGGCAAUUUGGGGGGUUGGUCCCGUCAAGCAAGAACUAACUUCACAUCAGAGCGAGCCCUGAACCAAGACAUAAGUCUUGCUUUGGGGGCCUGAGUUUAUAUUUCUUUUUAUCAUUAUAUAUAUAUAUAUAUAUAUAUAUAUUUUUUAUGUAAUUCACUAAUUUGUAUACUAAGCUUUUAAGAUCCUCCUUGGAAAAAAUGAAAAAAAUGAUCCAGGGGGCUUUUUUGUGAAGCUUAUACCUCAGUAUGUAGAUCUUUCUCUUAAAUGAAAGAUGCAGAUGAUUCUUUCUUUCAACAUGUAAAAAUAAUA